AUGGCGGGGCAGGGAGGGGCAGAGCCGGAGCAGGGGUUCACGGGCGCGCGGGCCGACGAGGUGACAGCAGCGUCAACGAGUCGGAACAACGCGCGCGGGCGAGCAGCGGGGCCGCGAGCGGGGCGCCGGUCCAGGCUCGGCGCGGGGAGGAGGGGAGAAGUGGCCGGGGGCCUCACCAACGGUCGUGGGGUCAAGGCAGCGGGCUCGGGGAGGAGGACGACGAAUGGGGGCGACGUCCGGGUCGCUGGCGAGGCGACGGGGUCGAGGGCGCGGCGCAGGAAUGGCAGCCUCGGCACGGGACGAGUAGGAGGCCGAGGCACAGGGGGCGCUGGCGGCGUCGGCGGAGACGUCAGGCAGUGGUGGUCGGCGACGGGGAGGGUGGCGGCGGCCGGGGAGUGA